AUGUCUAUUAAGUCUCUAUACGCAUACACACUGAUUACAGCCUUGGUUGCGGCAGCGCCAGCACCGCAAGUGCCUGGAUACACUGGUGCAGAUGCCAGCUUUGCAGUAUCACAACCUUCAGGGUCACCGGCAACUUCAUUCGGUCCUGAUUCUAUUGUUCCAGCAAUUGCUACUUCUGCAACAUCUGAAUACCCAAGAGUCAGCUCCAAUCUAGAUGGGCAGACCAGCCAUGGACCGUUCUCGGGCACGCCUACUAUAUCAGGAGCGGAGCAAGCAAAUGCAACCAUCGCAAGUACAAUUGCGCCAGGGCCACCUAAUCCUACCCAUACAUAUUACAAUGCCGAUGGGAAACUCCAGAACCCCGCCGCAGCCCCAUAUGUACCUAAUGGUGGAUUGGGGACCAAUGGAUCACAGCCAAGGUAUAUGGUAAACAGUGACUUUGACUAUGAAUCUCUUACUCUUGGACUGUAUCAGGAGUGGAUAGAGUUAGAUCUUUUCAACAAUGGUCUAGCAGUUUUCUCCGAAGAAGACUUCCUGGCGGCCGGAUUGACAGCGGAAGAUCGUUCCUACAUAGCAUUCAUGGCACAACAGGAGUCAGGGCAUGCUACACUGCUCACCAACAUGCUCGGUGAGGCAGCACCUCCUCAGUGCACAUACAAUUACCCGUUCCAGACUGUACGAGAGUUCAUCGACUUCAAUCAGAAGCUCACAGCUUGGGGAGAGGCUGGUGUUUGGGGGUUCAUCAACCAUCUUGACAGUCGGGAAGCCGCGCAGCUUCUCUCUCAGUCCAUCGCCACCGAAGCGCGUCAACAGCUCUCCUUCCGCCAAAUGCUUGGCCUACAUCCCAUGCCUGUAUGGUUUGAAACAGGUCUUCCACAAUCAUGGGCGUGGACAUAUCUGGCACCAUACAUCUCCAGCUGUCCCGGGAACACGACCCGCCUCGCAUGGCAGAACUUCCCUACACUUCGAUUCAUCAACCAAGCCAAUCCUAAUCGAUUCUCUCCCAACGACACGGAGCCGAAUGAGGUAGUCGGUCAGCGCAUUGCUGACCCCAGUAACUCCACCAUCCCUGCCAACGAGACGUGCGUGAACCUCAAUGUCACUGGCUACAGUUGCGGGCCAGCCAUUGCGCGCAACCGGUCCGAGCCGCUGUCGUUCCCCGGCAAGCUCGUCAAUCUGACUUGGGACGCACCUGGUAAAGCCAUUGGCCCCAACAAUAGUUAUUUUACGUCGACUUCUGCGGGCCAACCUCAGUUCGUGGCGUGGGUCAGUCAACUCAACCUCACCUACACCCCACUCGAGGUUACGGGGAAUCAGACUGGAUACACCUACCAGCCUGCAGCUGAGGUGUUUCAAGGCGACCCUGGUGUCAAUCAGACGACUUUUGUCGCUCUGACUGAUGCAGAUCUGCCUUUCACACCAUUUAAUCUUUCUUUAAUCAAUCCUCAUGUGGUUGCACUCGGUCUUUACCAAGCGGGCUAA